CUAGCGAGGGAGAAGGGGAGGUUUCGCGUUGUUAUUUGCCCGCUGCUUCCUGCGUCUAUGGGGCUGGAAAUGGACCCGCUGCUCCAUGCCUGGAGUUACUUCAGGAGGAGGAAAUUCCAGCUCUGCUCAGAGCUGUGCUCCCAGUUGCUGGAGAAAGAACCAGGCGACCAGGAAUCAGGUUCAGAAUUCACAGUAUUUCAGGCUGCUUGGUGCUUGAAAAUACGAGCCUUAACAGAAAUGGUUUAUGUGGAUGAAGUUGACGUAGAUCAGGAAGGCAUUGCUGAGAUUAUGCUUGAUGAAAAUGCUAUUGCACAAGUUGCACGUCCUGGUACUUCACUGAAGCUCCCUGGAACCAGUCAGGGUGGAGGUCCCAGCCAAGCUAUCAGACCAGUGACUCAGUCGGGGAGACCUGUUACAGGAUUUGUGCGACCCAGCACACAAAGUGGACGACCAGGUACUAUUGAACAGGCCAUAAAGACUCCAAGAACAGCUCAUACUGCCCGUCCAAUGACCAGUGCUUCAGGGAGAUAUGUCAGGCUUGGAACGGCCUCUCUGCUCACAAAUCCCGAUGGUCCCUUUAUAAACGUGGCUAAACUGAACUUAAAUAAUUACUCUCAAAAACCAAAGUUAGCAAAGGCAUUGUUUGAAUACAUUUUUCACCAUGAGAAUGAUGUUAAGAACGCUAUAGAUCUGGCAGCAUAUGCCACUCAGCACGCCCAAUUCAAGGACUGGUGGUGGAAAGUGCAAAUUGGGAAGUGUUAUUACAGGCUAGGAUUGUAUCGUGAAGCAGAAACACAAUUUAAGUCGGCUCUCAAACAGCAGGAUAUUGUAGACACGAGACUGUAUUUGGCAAAAGUGUAUUCCCGCUUGGAUCAGCCUUUGAAAGCUUUAGAUGUUUUCAAGCAAGGGUUAGAUCGGUUUCCUGGAGAAGUCUCCCUUCUUUGUGGUAUUGCCAGGAUCUAUGAGGAAAUGAACAACAUUUCUGCAGCUGCAGAUUACUAUAAAGAUGUCUUAAAACAAGAUAAUACACAUGUGGAAGCCAUUGCAUGCAUUGGAAGUAAUCAUUUCUAUUCAGACCAGCCUGAGAUAGCAUUGCGGUUUUAUAGACGACUCCUGCAGAUGGGUGUUUAUAACUGCCAGUUGUUCAACAACCUGGGCCUCUGUUGCUUCUACGCCCAGCAGUAUGACAUGAUUCUCAGCUCCUUUGAACGUGCACUCUCACUGGCUGAAAAUGAGGAGGAGGCAGCUGAUGUUUGGUACAACUUGGGACAUGUUGCUGUGGGAAUAGGGGAUACGAGCUUGGCUUUCCAGUGUUUCAAGCUGGCCUUGACAAACAACAAUGACCAUGCAGAAGCUUACAACAACUUGGCUGUGCUGGAAAUGCAAAAAGGCCGCAUAGAGCAGGCAAGAGUUUUUCUGCAGACUGCUUCGUCAUUAGCACCUCAUAUGUAUGAGCCACACUUCAAUAUUGCUGUACUGUCUGAUAAGGUCGGAGAUCUCCAAAGAAGUUAUAUUGCAGCUCAGAAGUCGGAAGCAGCAUUUCCAGAACAUGUGGACACGCAAGAACUCAUCAAGCAGUUAAAACAGCACUUUGCUAGGCUUUGACGUCACACUUGGAAAAUGUCAUAAGUUAUUUUUCUCCAAAUCUGCAGAUUUAUACAGUUUUACAAAGGGAGAGAAGUUAGUAUUUUAGAUUUUUUUAUAUAGUGGAGCAUCAGCUGUGCUGGCCAGAGGCUGGCUAGAGCUUUUUUCACUCUCUCCAGCUUGGGAAAUGCUCCUUCCAUAAGCAAAAGUAGAGAGUCAUCUGCUUGAUACAUCCAGUGGUACCCAGUCUUGGCAGAGGGAGGGGCUUGUUUAUACUCAGUAAAGUUAUCUAACAGGAACUUUUCCAGUGGAGAAGGAGUUAGACUAGGGGUUAGACUAGGGUUCCCAAUCUUGUUUGAGGGUAGCUAUUUGUAAACAUUUGUUUACUGAUUUUCAUGGAGGGGUCUUUCCCUAUUAUUCACUGCCUGAUGAUAGUGAUGUGUUGUACAAUUUUGCCAUUUAAUGAAUUCAAAAGUAAAUUGUCAAACCAUUUAACUCCAUGUUGCAGCAUAGUAAGUCUGGUAUGUGGCCUAUGGUUAGGAAGGAUGUUCUUCGUGUAAGGCACUAAAGUUGCGUCCAUUCAGUGGCUUUGAAGUGGGAGAUGUAUGUUUAUGUUCCUGCCCAUCUGAUCCCUAAUGUCUACACUGAUGCGCUCCUUCAUUCUUCCACAAGCUCUGGUGCUCCUGAGGCCAGCCUUCGCCAUGCAGUGAAAUUGCUGAUCAGCAUCUACACAAAAUUCACCUGUUUUCAUUUGCCUGCACUUAAAGCGUAAGGACCAAGCAGAGAGCAUGGAAGCUGGGUCAUUAUUCCACAAGAGAAAGAAACCUAAGAAUUAUGGAAUGUUAAGAGAAAGACUAUUUGAGCAUGAUUCUUCUCAUCAGGACAUAGGUCCUUAAGGGGAAAAGGCAGAAGUAGCAGGGAAUACUGUCUGACUCCUCUAUGACUUGGCCAAGAUUAGGAAUUCAUAGAGAUUAGGAAGAAUCAAGCUGUGGCUUCCCUUGCUCAAGUUUAAGAAGUCUGAAGAUACCGGCAUUUCUGAACUUCUCUUCUAUAGGCGGGAUGUUUUGGUCAGCUGAUGCUGUUUAAAGUCUGCUGGAUGCAGCACUUCCCUCUGUAGCCUACACAAGCAUUUUCUAGAAUUUUUCCUAGUAUGAUGGUGAUUGAAGGAUCUCCUCCCCCAACUCUAAGGGUUACUGUCCCAUAAUUAGGCUUAGUCCGAUAGAACCAGGCCAUAGAUCUCAUCACUUCAUGCUAUAUCAUUUCUGUACUUUUGUUUAUUGUUUUUGCAUCAGAAAGACUUCCAUAGAAGGAUCUCCUAAUUAAAAAGCUAGCAAAAUGAGGAAAUUGGCAGGAGAAACCUAAGAUGUUUCGAAUAAACUGCUGGCAGUUCUGUCUUCUUUCAGAAAUCAAUACAUAUUCCAAUGCAAGCAGUUGGAGACAUUCCCAGGAAAAAAAUCGUGGCUAUAGUUGACAAACUAAUGAUGGAUAUGAAGAAUAGGUCUGUUACAAGGAAAGGACAGACUACUGACAGAGUAGUCUGGUUUUAAAAUACCAGCAGAAUAUGCAUGACCGUAAGCCAAUGACUAUUUUUAUGGCAAAUAUAUGAAAUUCCUAUUUAAAUAGUAAUUCUUCAUAUUGGUGAUAUUUUUUCUCACCAGGAUUAGCAGAUUACAAUGUAAAGAAUCUGCUUUUACAGUGCCAGCAUAUCAGAAGAGGUCAGUACAGCUAUGGGAUUUUCAUUUUGCCCCAGAUCAGAAAUGGAAGAAACAUGAAAGAUCAGAAACACGGCAGAAGGUACAGACAGCAGUUUCUCCUGCUGUGCUGGUACUGGUACUGUUUGGUAGAUGCUCUGACUUGCAGAUGGGCAGCCCCAUUCCCAUCAGGUUCAUUUAUAAGACAGAAAUGGACCUGUUUUCACACUGCUUCAGUUUUAGUACUGCACCUAAUAACGACUUAAUAAAUUUUAGAGUUCUGUAACAAUUUCAUUCAAACCUAACUUGCAUGUUUUUGUAGCUACUAUAUACACUUGACUUUUUAAAAAGGCAAUUCAUAAUAAAGUACAGUGUAUGAUCA